AAGUAUGCUUGAAGUGAACAUAUAUGCAUAUCGAGAAACAAGAAAUUAAAGAAAGCUUAGAGAGGGAAAGAUAGAUAGAUGGAGGUCCAAAGGCCACAUGCCGUCUGCAUUCCCUAUCCAGCUCAAGGCCACAUAUCCGCCAUGCUCAAGCUAGCCAAGCUUCUUCAUCACAGAGGCUUUCACAUUACCUAUGUUCUCACUCAACUCAACUAUACCCACAUCAUGAAAGCCAGAAACUUCCUCCCUCUCACCCAAUCACCCACUUUCCGUUUCGAAACCAUCCCCGACGGCCUUCCCUCACGGGAAAAUCCCGACACCGCUCUCGACGUGGCCGACCUCUGCUUCUCCACGGCCAAGAAUUGCUAUGCUCCGUUCAUGGAGCUGAUUCAUAGGCUGAACAGAUCGUCAGAUGUUCCUCCAGUUUCUUGUGUUGUUUCUGAUACUUUUGUGGCGUUCACUGUUGGGGUUGCCCAGGAGCUCGGUAUUCCGGUAGUAUUGUUUUGGCCGAUUAGCGCCGUCGCCAGUUUGAUGCACAUAUAUUCUUCUGACCUCCGUGACAAGAUUUCCAAAAACAAAGAUGCCAAUUUUGGUGACUAUAUUAUUGAUUGGAUCCCUGGAGUCGAAAGUAUUCCCUUGAGUGAUAUCCCAACCACAGCUUGGUCCACAGAUCCAAAUGACCCCUUCAUUGACUAUAUCAUUUCUGAAGUAGCUUCAAAAAGCUACAAAGCUUCAGCUCUCAUCUUUCACACAUUUGAUGAGUUAGAGCCCGAGGUGUGCAAGACAUUGUCCUCUAUGUUCCAUCGGGUCUACACUAUCGGCCCCAUCCCAAUGCUUCUCCACGGAUUACCAGAGAGUGAUGAAAUCGACAAAAUCGAAUGUAAUCUAUGGAAAGAAGAUUCCACUUGUAUUCAAUGGCUGGAUACUAAAAUCCCAAAAUCAGUAGUUUAUGUGAACUUUGGGAGUAUGACAGUUACCGACCCAGAAAAGUUGGUCGAGUUUGCAAUGGGACUGAGUAAAAGCAUGCAGAAUUUUUUGUGGAUUAUCCGCCCAGAACUCAUAUCUGGCGACUGGUCCACAAUUCUCCCUCCCGAGUUCAUGGAUGCGGUCAAGGACAGAGGCUAUAUAGUCAACUGGUGCGAUCAAGAACAAGUACUAAACCACCCUUCUGUCGGAGGAUUCUUGACCCAUUGCGGGUGGAAUUCUAUGGUGGAGAGUAUGAGCGCUGGAAUGGCGAUGGUCUGUUGGUCGUUUUUCGCCGACCAACCGAUAAACCGCUAUUGUUGUUGCUCGCAAUGGAGGCUCGGUUUGGAGAUAGAGAAUGAUGUGAAGAGAGAGAACGUUGAGAGUGUGGUGAGAGAGUUGAUGGAAGGAGAGAAUGGUAGAGAGGUGAAGAAGAAGGCAUUGUUUUGGAAGGAAAGAGCUGAGGUGGCUACUAGUGUUGGAGGCUCAUCAUUUCUAAAUUUGGAUAAGUUGAUUGGGGAAGUACUACUCAGUGGUGGACAACAUUUUCCAAAUGGUGUAUAAUAUAAUGGAAAAUUGUGAAGAUAUAUUUGUAUUUGUGGGCAAGUUAAUUAUGUAUCAAUACAGUGUAUCACUAUAUAUUUAUUUUUGAAAUAAGGGAAUAUGAUUGUAUUGCAACA